AUGUUGGACUUUGUAAUCGUAGGAGCGUCGUUUUUACUAAGAUGGGUAGUAAGUCUGGGACCCUACUCUGGAAAGAAUACCCCGCCAAUGUAUGGAGAUUAUGAAGCUCAGAGACAUUGGAUGGAGCUCACGGUUCAUCACCCCCUUUCAAAGUGGUAUUUCUUCGACCUAGAAUAUUGGGGCCUUGAUUAUCCUCCUCUAACAGCAUACCACAUGUUCCUCUGUGGCAAAGUCGCUCAACUGUUCAAUCCAUCUUGGGUUGCUGACCAUUCCUCCCGAGGAUUUGAAUCUUUUGAGCAUCAAGUGUUUAUGAGAUUAACAGUUCUUAUUGGUGACUUACUUCUUCUGGUGCCUGCCGCUCUUCUUGUCAAGAAAAAAUUUGGAAAACUUGCAUAUCUUGGUCUUUUAUUCAAUCCCUGUCUUAUUUUAGUCGACCACGGACACUACCAGUACAAUUCAAUCAGUUUAUCUUUCGCAAUAAUUGCCGCCUGUCUUGUAACUGAAGCCAGCCUCUCAAAACGACUCUUUGGUGCAAUCUUCUUCACCCUCUCCCUCUUUUACAAGCAAAUGCAACUAUACCACGCACUGCCAUUUUUCUUCAUUCUUCUUGGACAAGCUACUAAACAGAAGACUCUAUUAGGAAAAUUCACAGAAGUUGGUCUCUACGGAACUUCUGUUAUUGUUACGUCAAGUGUUAUUCUUUCGCCGUUUCUAUUGUAUACGAGUACUCCUGCAGUUCAACUUGGUCAAAUCGCUCACCGCCUUUUUCCUUUCGCCAGGGGACUGUUUGAAGACAAAGUUGCCAACGUCUGGUGCCUUUUACACACUCUUUUCAAAGUCAAAAAUGUGAUUCCCCCUGAAAACCAGCUUCAACUCGCCGCUCUUUUGACCCUCAUUUGUGCGACUCUUCCAUUCCAUGAAAAGCAAUGCUUGCUCUUCGUUCUCCCAGCGCUCCUUCUAGCGGAUACGAAUCUCAAUUUCACCCUUAUACUUACACAUACAGCAUUCUUCAGUUUACUCCCACUAUCUGUCAAAGACAGUAAUGUUGGCUACUACUUCGCGCUCCGACUGAUGUCUUAUGGGGUGAUUAUCCUCCUAAGAACCGAGAUGAAACGAGACUUUACGAGAAUAAACAAUGUUGUACCCGGUAUGCUCAGCGGGAGAAACGGAGGACUAGCGCCCAUCUUCGGAGCCUAUUUCAUGUUUCAGGAGAUUAUGCUUUACGUCACGCAUACAGUGGUGCCUCCAAAAAAAUUCCCCGACAUGUGGCCAGUAAUUAUCUCUUCUUUCUGCUGCGGUGUCUUUGUUAUUCUAUAUUUAAUUCUCUUUUACUUCUCAUUGAGAACUGAGAAGGUUCAAAAGGUCGAUGCGAUGUCGCAAAAAGUCCUAGCCAUGAGGCAAAAGAACCGAAACCUAAAGAAAACUGAAUAG